AUGGCGAGUCAACCUCCAUAUAUCGGCUGUUGGUGCCCUGACCUUUUUUUUUCAGUAUGCGUUAUUGGGGGAGGUCAUGCAGGAUGUGAAGCGGCGGCGGGAGCAGCGAGAGCAGGAGCACGGACGCUUCUGCUAACGCAGAAACUCGACACUGUCGGUGAACUGUCCUGCAAUCCGUCAUUUGGUGGUGUCGGAAAAGGGACCCUUGUGCGAGAGGUCGACGCCUUAGAUGGUGUUUGCGCGCGAAUUGCAGAUAAAGCCGGCAUUCAAUUCCAGAUUCUCAAUCGCUCCAAAGGGGCCGCGGUAUGGGGCCCCAGAGCGCAGAUAGACAGGAAGCUAUAUAAGAAGCAUAUGCAGGAGACUUUGGCGAGCUACGCUAACCUGGAUGUUCGUGCUGCAAGUGUUUUCGACCUCGUAGUUGACCAAUCAUCUGAGCUUGGUAUGAACUAUCCAGCAUGGGGUCGAGUAGCCGGUCUUAAGCUGGGCGAUGUUAUAACGUGCUCUCAAGUGGUAAUUUGCACGGGAACAUUUCUGUCUGGCGAGAUUCAUAUCGGCAUGAAACGCUUUCCUGCCGGUCGGAUGAAUGAAGCGCCGUCUACUGGUCUUUCUGCUUCGCUUCGUGACGCAGGAUUCCAGCUUGGCCGAUUGCAAACGGGUACACCGGCAAGACUAUACAAGGAGAGUAUAUCAUUCGACAGAAUGGAGAUACAGGAAGGAGAUGCAGUUCCCGUCCCGUUCAGUUUCAUGAAUAAGGCCGUUGCCAAUAAAGAUAACCAAGUGGUCUGUUGGCAGACCUUCACGACGCCUGCCACACAUCAGAUAAUUAGAGAUAACCUGCAUCGUAGCGUUCACAUUCAAGAAACGAAGAAAGGUCCAAGGUACUGCCCAUCUUUGGAAGCCAAGGUCAUUCGUUUUCCACAGAAGGACAACCAUUUGAUCUGGCUUGAACCAGAAGGUUAUGACUCUGACCUCAUUUACCCAAACGGACUCUCGUGCAGCAUGCCAGAAGACAUACAAGAGGUAAUGUAUCGUACCGUUCCAGGACUUGAGAAUGUCCAACUAGUCAAGCCUGCUUAUGGUGUCGAGUACGAUUACGUUGAUCCUAGAGAGCUGAAAUCAACGCUGGAAACCAAACGGAUCAAGGGUCUAUUUCUUGCGGGCCAGAUCAAUGGCACUACCGGCUAUGAGGAAGCCGCCGCCCAGGGUGUCUUGGCAGGAAUCAAUGCAGGAUUAUCUGCUAUGAACCGCCCUCCGCUUGUCUUGACACGAGCAGAUGGCUUCAUCGGCGUGAUGGUGGACGAUUUGAUAGUGAAAGGAGCGGAGGAGCCUUACCGCAUGUUCACCUCGAGAUCGGAAUAUAGGAUGACAAUUAGGAGUGAUAAUGCUGAUCUACGUCUCACGGAGAAAGGACGAGAGGCUGGUGCCGUUUCCAACGAGCGGUGGUUACAUUUCAUGUCGACACGGGGCGAGCUGGCACGUAUCACAGAACUCAUGCAGACCCGUGUCUUGAGUCCACAUGGCUGGCAACUUCUUGGUUUUGAUGUCAAGAGCGACGGGAAUAUGAGAAGUGCUUACGACAUGUUACGCCAUCGUAAUGUCACUAUCAGCGAGCUCCUCCUUGCGGUCCCUGAGUUGCAAGGCAUUGAUCCCUUGAUUCUGUCGCGGAUCGAAAUCGAUGCCGUUUACCGAACACAUCUUCGCCGCCAGGAGGCCGACCUCCGCGUCUUCAUGGAUGACGAAGCGCUUAUCCUCGACCCGCAACUUGACUACGAGAAUAUAGAGGGCCUGAGCUUGGAAGUUAAAGAGCGGCUUUUCCAUGUCAGACCUGCGAGCAUUGGUGCCGCCAAACCCGGUCGACAAUACCUCAGCCAGUAG